UCAGUGCCAAGACACUAAUCAAGAAUCAAUAUAUCAAAACAGCAUUGGAUGAGUUAAGACCACAAGCAAUGAAUUCAGUAGAAGUAGACUCUAGGAAGGAGAGAUCCUUGCCUGUAAGGGAAAGACACACGAAGAGGGAGAGCAAGCUAUCACAGAGCCACAGCGCGGAGAAGGAGACGGGUGUCGGUCGCAAGCAGAGAUCUCGCAGCAAAAGUCGUGAUAAGGACAAGCGCAGGCGGAGAUCUCGGAGCAGAAGCCGAGACAGAGUCAGAAUUAGACCUGAGCGGGACAGGAAACGACGAAAGUCUCGUGAUCGCUCACGCUCGCCUCGGCACAAGCUCGGCAGAAGAGACAGAGACCGUAGAGAAGAAAAAUACAGGUCGAAGCAGGAGCUGAAAGACGAAGAAGAUGAAGAACAAAAUGGAACCGCUAAAAAGAAAUUGGAACCUCUGUCUUUGGAGGAGUUGUUAGCCAAGCGAAAAGCUGAGCAAGAAGCUCUGACAAAGCCAAAGUUCCUAACUAAAGAGGCCAGAGCAGAGGAGGCCAUCAAAAAGAGAGAAGCAGCAGUUGCAUUGCAGAGGAAAGCUGUGGAUGAUGCUAGAAAAACACAAAUGAAGUUCCUUGAGCAGGCGAGGCACGGCGACAGAGGUGGAAUCGAUGAGCGGGAACGGGAGAGGAGAGAGCGGCGUGAGCGGGAGAGACGUGAGCGAGAUAAAGACGAUAAGAAAGACGAUAAGCUUUCUAAAGAUGGAAAGGGGCCAAGCAAAGAAUCAGAGGCCAUAAAGGAGAGAUAUCUGGGAAUUGUCAAGAAGAAGCGACGAGUGCGUCGACUGAAUGAUCGUAAAUUCGUCUUUGAUUGGGAUGCGGUUGAGGACACACUGGCCUCUGAUUUCAACCCCAUCUAUAGGGAUCGACAUGAACUACAAUUGUAUGGCCGAGGCCACUUAGCUGGUAUAGAUAUAAAGUCUCAAAAGCUGGAAAAGUCCAAGUUCUACGGAGAAAUGGUGGAACGAAGGCGAACCCAGCAGGAAAAGGAUCAGGAAGUGGUUCGCCUAAAGAAGGUGCUGAAGAAGGAGCAGAAGGAGAAGUGGGACGAUCGACACUGGGCCGACAAGGAGUUGCCCCAGAUGACGGAGCGAGACUGGCGCAUUUUCAAGGAAGACUACAGCAUCCAGAUCAAAGGUGGUAACGUCCCCGACCCGUUCCGUGUGUGGAAGGAGGCGAGCAUACCGGACGAGAUCCUUACGAUUAUCGACUCGGUCGGAUACAAGGUGCCAACCCCCAUCCAGAGGCAGGCUAUUCCUAUUGGACUGCAGAAUCGUGACAUCAUUGGCGUUGCUGAGACAGGAUCCGGUAAAACUGCAGCGUUCCUUAUUCCGCUACUUGUCUGGAUCAUUUCUCUGCCGAAGAUUGUCAGGAUGGAGGAUGCUGAUCAGGGUCCCUACGCUGUCAUCCUGGCUCCUACUCGUGAGCUCGCUCAGCAGAUAGAGGAGGAGACGAUCAAAUUCGGCUCUCCGCUUGGCAUUCGCACUGUCGCCGUCAUCGGUGGCCUGUCGCGUGAGGACCAGGGUUUCAAGCUGAGACAGGGAUGCGAGGUCGUAAUCGCGACACCCGGCCGUCUGCUGGAUUGCUUGGAUAACCACUACAUAGUACUCAACCAGUGUACCUACGUGGUGAUGGACGAGGCUGACAGGAUGAUAGACAUGGGUUUCGAGACGGACGUACAGCGGAUUCUGGACUUCAUGCCCGUCUCCAACAUGAAGCCAGACACGGAUGAUGCGGAGGAUGCAGCGCUACUGCUCAGCAACUUUGCGUCAAAGAAGAAGUUCCGGCAGACUGUGAUGUUCACAGCGACAAUGCCGCCUCCCGUCGAGAGACUCGCGCGCACGUACCUGCGACGUCCGGCCAUCGUCUACAUCGGCUCAGCCGGCAAGCCCGUCGACAAGGUCGAACAGCUCGUCUACAUGAUGAACGAGAGCGACAAGAGGAAGAAGCUGCUGAAGGUUCUGGAGGAAGGAUUCGAGCCACCGGUCAUCAUCUUCGUUAACCAGAAGCGAGGCGCAGACAUUCUCGCAAAGUCGCUAGAGAAAAUGGCGUACAGUGCAACCACCUUGCAUGGUGGUAAAGGACAGGAACAGCGAGAGUUUGCAUUAGCAAGUUUGAAGAAUGGAACGAAGGAUAUUCUAGUCGCCACGAUGGUUGCCGGUCGUGGUAUCGACAUCCAAAACGUCUCCAUCGUUAUCAACUAUGACAUGGCCAGGAACAUAGAAGACUACACUCACCGCAUCGGUCGUACGGGCCGCGCGGGCAAGUCCGGCAUCGCGAUCUCCUUCCUCACGAAGGAGGACAGCGCCGUCUUCUACGACCUCAAGCAGACGAUGCUGGGCAGUUCGUCGUCGCACUGCCCGCCCGAGCUCGCCAACCACCCGGACGCGCAGCACAAGCCCGGCACCGUCGUCACGAAGAAGCGCCGCGAGGAGAAGAUAUUCGCCUGAUAGCCGCCGCGCGCGUGCGUCUCCUACUAGAUACUGUCGCUGGCUAGCUACUGUUAUG